AUGCUGAAUGAGUCCAUCUUACCGGAGGAACCGCUAGCGUUUCAAGUGUUAUCGUUCGACAAUCCACGUGCUCAGUACAUCUUCCUCGCGUCAUCAGCUGAUCAAAAACGAACGUGGAUGAUUGAAUUGAAGAGGAUGAUGCUCGAUCACUAUGGCAUUGAAAUCCCUGAAAAAACCAAGCAGUUGAUGCUCAGUAUGGAUAAUACACAGCGCUGUCGAAUAAAGAAUCACAAGCGUGUGCCGAAAUACUUGGAAAAACGACGAAAGAGCGUGGAUAAAAGUAACGCCGAUCAUCGGCGGCGAAGUCUGUCAGCAUCUCGAUUGCUGGGGGCCAGCAAGACCUCUUUGGUAUCGGACUCGUCACGAUAUAAACUCUUCGGUAUACCAGAUACUUUACCAAAGUGCAAUUGCCAUAUGGCUUCGACCCCCGGCCCUAGUGGAGAAGCGACAUCGGCGCGCAAUCCGACAGGGGCCACCAGGGUACCUGUGGCACGGACACUGUCUGCUUCUACAAUUAUCUUCAACGGUGGAACAGAGACGGUCCCGACACCUCCAGCGCCGGAAGCAGUAAUGUCUUCUCGUAGUCGAUACCAUAUGGCACGAAAUAAGAGAGGACUACCGCCGAAGUGUGAGACUCGCUCCUCAUCCACUCGCCGUAUCGAUUGCGAAGAAAUUGACGAGACCUUUGACGAGUUGUUCAAAGAGCUUGUACUAUGCGGAAACACGAGCCCUAAAGCACAGGUGAACGCUAUCAUCCUCCUGUUGGUCCUUUCUAAUGUGCGAUAA